AGUAUUUAUCUGUAGUUGAAUUUUAUUCGUGUCAAAAAUGGAGUCCUAUCCUGACGUGCAAGAAAACGAAUCCUGUUCAAAAAGAAUUAAACUAGAUUUUUGCGAAUCUAAUAUUGGUGAAUUGUGCAACGGAGAAGGGUUUUCUUGUUUUUCCACAUCGUCAGCGGGCCCGAUUGACAUCUCUGAAGGAAUUUCUCCCGACUGUGACUCAGGAUACGAAGCAUCGACACUUGAAUCCAUUCCUACACAUUCAUAUCAACAGGCUUCUCCGCCUCCAGAUUCAGGAUAUGUUAACGAAAGUAUGUCAAGUAUUUCCGAAACAUUUCUGCCAACUCGCUCACAUCCUGACCAAUUGGACACAUCUCAGGACAGUCUCGAAGACGAAGAUAAUGCUUCCACAGUUAGUGAACUCAGUGGUUUAUCAGAUUUAUCAGGUCAAGACUGGAAACCUAUGGCUGGCAGUAUGAUAUGGAUCCAGCAACAAAUGCAAAAAGGUGUUAAUCCAAGGGUCUUACUCACAGAAUUAGGAGUAGAUUAUGAACAAAUACCGGAUUACGUAGAAGACAUUACAAUAUGGAAAAUAAUUAUCAACAUGUUAGCAGAACCUCCUCGCAGAAAUAAACUGAGGCAUGUUAAUACAUUAGAUGACAUUGUUCGUUUGAUGAAAGGUGCACAGAAUAUAAUUGUUUUAACAGGUGCUGGUGUUUCUGUUUCUUGUGGUAUUCCAGACUUCAGGUCCAGAGAUGGCAUUUACUCCAGAUUAGCUAUAGAUUUUCCAAAUCUUCCAGACCCUCAGGCAAUGUUUGAUAUCAGUUAUUUCAGCCAAGAUCCCAGACCUUUUUACAAAUUCGCCAGAGAUAUUUAUCCAGGAAAAUUUCUGCCUAGUCCUUGUCACAGGUUUAUAAAACUUUUGGAGAAACACAAGAAACUUCUUCGAAAUUACACCCAAAAUAUAGACACAUUGGAGAAGGAAGCCGACAUACAGAGGGUGAUAGAAUGUCAUGGAUCAUUUGCCACUGCAACUUGUACGAAAUGCGGCUAUAAAGUGACGGCAGAUAAAAUUAGGGAAACUGUGCUUGCCCAGCUGAUCCCUUUGUGCGAGAAAUGUCAUGAAGGGAGUACGAGUUCAAUUUGCACAGAUGACUUGAAAGCGCCCACAGACGGUGGAGACUUCAGACACCUUGUAAGCUCAGGAAUUAUGAAACCAGAUAUUGUUUUUUUCGGUGAAGGACUUCCUGACACUUUUCACGAAGCAAUGGCUGCUGACAAGUCUGAAUGUGAUCUACUCCUGGUUAUAGGCAGUUCGCUGAAAGUUAGACCAGUAGCUCUCAUUCCUAGCUCCUUGCCAGCACAUGUUCCACAAAUUCUCAUCAAUAGAGAGCCUUUACCUCACUGUCACUUUGAUGUGGAACUGUUAGGGGAUUGUGAUGUCAUCAUCAGCCAUCUUUGUCAGCUAUUGGGAAAUAAAUGGGAGGAAGGUAACCACUCUUCUCAGAUACUCCAUCAUGCUCCCACGCUAUUGCCACUGAAAGAUCCUCAUCCACCUGACAAAGCUGAUAAGCACACUUUAAGCGAAAGCAUUACUGAACCAAGUUCUACAGAAAACAAAUCGAGGUGCAGGUCAGAGAUAACCAAAUGCACGUGUAAUAAUACAAGUACAAAUACUAGUUCCUUAAAUUUAGAAAAAGAAAUAGAGUUAACAAAUUGUAUAUGUUACGAAAACUACCAGUCAAUUAAAAGCGAUGGAGAUGCUGAACAUGAACUCAAAAUGGUAAAAGAAAGACACAUGAGUAUAGACUCGGCUAGAGACUCGGGUAUCGGAGAAAACUCCAACUUCACCGAUAAGUACGAUGAAUCUGAUGAAAACUACGAUGAAAAGGAAAGCAGUUUUUGUCUGGAGAUCUGUAAUAACCCAUCAACUACGUCGGACCCUAGCGCAAGAGAAAGCGUCUCGGAUUUAAGGGGUUAUUGGCAACCUAAAGUGAAGAAAAGUUUAGCUGAUAGAUUGCCGGAAAACUCUUUCCAUUUAAUCCCUCCAAGCCGCUACAUUUUUCCAGGAGCAGAAGUCUAUUAUGAUCCAGAUGAGAAACUACAUUAUGAAGUUGAUUCCUCAAGCUCCGAUGAAUCUGAAAGUGAGUCUGAGUAUGGAAGUCAGAAUGAUUCUUUUUAGUUUUUCUGCUUUCCUUGUUUUAUUGGUAUUAAGAGUUUCCUUGUUGUUAUUUUUAUAAAUAUUUUAAGGACAUCUUUAAUGUGCUCACGCUAUUUUGUUGUCAGGUCGAUAAUGAAGGUUUGUCAGCGAUCGUUCUUUGUGUAAUUUUACAAAUUUCUGUUAUCUUUGAGAAUUCACUAAAAAAAAUACGAUUUUCUCAUUCUAUUACUUGCAUGAAAUUUUUUCUGUUAGAUGUAAAGUUUAACUAGGGAAUUGAAUAUUUCAAAGUU